AAACAUAGAAUUUAAAUUCUGUAUAGUUUAUUAAUUCGGAACAUUUUCAAAAAACACGUGAAAAAUGGAGAAGAAGGAAACGAAACUGUCUGCCGAUGAGCGACAAAAUUUCAUUUCAACUCGAAUGAGUCAGCCGCUUUUUAUGUUGUCACGUAAUCGCAUACGUGAAGAUCAUUUGGAUAGCGUCCGGAAACAGUUCAAGCUCGCCGGAUCACAUUACAAUGUGUACUGUCAACAAGAGAACCGAGGUAAAAAGUUUAGCGCUGCAACUUAUGCACAAUAUCGGCAUGUGACCGGUUUUGAGAAGACACCCGCUUACCCGUAUCCGGAGAAACGUCCAUUACACCACAAUCGAGCGAUGACCACGUGGCGUGGCUACCAACAGGCACCGAAUCGAUAUGGGGUGCUGCCAGUACCGUAUCUAAGUAGGAUGGGUGCCAAGGGCACUUCUUUCGCCAAGAUGCAUACUAACAAGAGUCGGGUCUCGAUAAAGCCACCACCCUCGCACUUUUACGAGAUGCCAGCGGAGAUCGAGCGUUUCUUCAAGCCCGAGAAUAAGCAAAAGGGCAUCUUCCUAACAAAUGCACGCGAACGUCGCCCAACCACUCGAAUCAUGAUAUCCAAUUUGAACUGCUGCUGGCGCAAUCCGCGCGAUCCCGGUCCCACCGAUACCAAUGUUACUUCCCAUGAGAUCAGGCGCAAAAUGCUGCCCGUUACAAAGGUGUCACCACCAAAUCCGCACCUGUUUUUGCGUCUAUCCUGCGUGCCCACGAAGCGAAAUGUGCGACUGCGCCGUGAUAUUGGUUUCGAGCCGGGUCCGGGACGCUAUGAUAUACGCUAUCCGAACGGAUGCGCCUGCGAGCGGGGCAAGAAGAGCAUGCCACGUCUGACGCUGCGCAUCGAGACACAGAAGCGCUACAAGUUCCGACGAUUGCCCUACAAGCGGAUCAAUUCUCGAAAGUAUUGCGAGCCCGACUGGCGUCAUGUGUUUGGCCAUGGACAUCGGCAUCUAUUCCAAAUGGGUAAACACGAUUUACCCGCGGUGCAGCGCAAGAACCCAACCAAAAGCAAGAAAACGGAAAAGCAAUUGAAAUUGUUUGCCGAUGGCAAAUAUAUCAAUAUGCUGGACAAUCCACAUCGUUGGCCAAUCUCAUUGCGGGACUUCCCCGUGCCGCCAUAUGUGCCCCGCAUCGUCUACAAUUGCAUUGCAAAGCGCAUAACACGCAAACAGUUGCGCAACAAUAAGAAAAUCGCUUUCAUGAGCGGCCAGGAGCGCUGGAAGGAUGGUCCACGUUCGCUGCAGUUGACCUCACGACAGCUGGAGGAGAUUAAAGAAAGAUUGCCGGAGGAUCGACGCCUGAUCGAUCGUCCGUUUGUGCUGCGUCCCGAAAUGAUGGUCAGUCGGCUGCAGCAUGUGCCGCAGCACAUGCAAUCCACCUAUUUGCCCAAGCUGCGCAAGCGUCUAUUUAAAUUUCUACCCAUACCGGGUGCCCGGGUGCUGGUCACCGACAGCGAUAUACGUCCGGAUAUGCCCUUCGAUCGUGAGAAUCCGACGGGCAUGUAUAAUGUUCGACUGGACGAGACGGUAUUCUUUCGUGAUUCUGUGCUGCUGGAGAUGGAACAACAGCGUUUGGGCUUUCAUCCGCAACUCGAGAUAGAGCAAUCCAUACAAUCUAUAUCGUCCAGGGGCUCAAGCGGAUCGAUGUUUAUGUCGACAAGCAAAGUGUCAUUGGGUCGUCGUGGCAGUAGGGUGGUCUCCGAUCCGAUGAAGGCGCGCUAAUCGUAUGUAAUUACUCAGUCUUUUCAUGAUUCUGCUACUGCGCAGUGAGUCUUCAAAGUUUUGUGAGAAUUAAAAAUUUGUUCUUUAUCCCGAAAUUGGAUCGCAUACGA